AUGGCCCGUUUCGGGUCUCAGGUGACUUCGAGGGACCAUGACCCCACAGUCAGCGCCCCCUUUCCCUGUACAAGGAGCUUGGGUGGCGGUGAGAUCCGGGGCGGGACAGCGCGCAGACGGCCCCCAGUAGCGCGCCCUCCCCGGGGCGUCCGAGGGGACAGGAUCUGGGGCGCGCGCGCGCGGGAUCGGCAGGGGGCGCGCGCACGAGGCCGCGCGCGGGCGCAGCUCUUCCAAAGGGCGGCGUCCGGGAAGCCCGCGCCUCCGGGACUCGGAAGUGGCCAGAGAGGGGUUUUGGGAGCUCGUGGCGAGCGUGAACGUCGCCGCCGCCCGGGACAGCCCGGAGAACAUGAAGAGGAACUGGACCAGGAAUUUGAGCUGGAGCCUGACCCUUUUUUUGGAGGAUUAAAGAAGGACCCGACUGACUUUGAGUGGAGCUUCUGGAUGGAAUGGGGAAAGCAGAGGCUGGUGUGGCUCUUCUUUGGCCACAUGGCAGUGUCUCAACUGGCCACACUGCUUGCAGGGAAGCACAGACCCUGGAUUCUCAUGGUCUAUGGAAUGUGGGCCUGCUGGUAUGUGCUGGGGGCCCCAGGUGUGGCCAUGGUUUUCCUCCAUUCCAUCAUCGCCUUCUGUGUGGCCCAGUUCCGGUCGCUGCUCCUGUCAUGGCUCUGUUCUCUCCUCCUGCUCUCCACCAUGAGGCUGCAAGGUGUGGAGGAAGUUAAGAGGAAGUGGUACAAGACGGAAAAUGAGUACUACUUGCUACAGUUCACACUGACUGUUCGCUGCCUUUACUACACCAGCUUCAGCCUUGAGUUCUGCUGGCAGCAGCUGCCUGCCUCAAGAGCCUCCUACUCCUUUCCCUGGAUGCUGGCUUAUAUCUUCUAUUAUCCUGUCUUCCACAAUGGGCCCAUCCUCAGCUUUCCAGAGUUCAUCAAACAGGUGCAGCAGCCGGAGCUCUGUUCUCUGAGGGACAACCUUUGUGUCCUGGCCCAGGGCCUGGGCCGCCUGCUCUGCUGGUGGGGACUGGCUGAGCUGAUGGCUCACCUCAUGUACAUGCAUGCCAUCUACAGCAGCAUCCCACUCCUGAGGACAGUGUCUUGCUGGACCUUAGGAGGACUGGCACUGGCCCAAGUGCUCUUCUUCUAUGUGAAGUACUUGGUGCUCUUUGGUGUCCCAGCUCUGCUCAUGCGCCUGGAUGGACUCAAGCCACCACCCCUCCCCCGCUGUGUGAGCACCAUGUUCAGUUUCACGGGAAUGUGGAGGUAUUUUGAUGUUGGACUACAUAAUUUCUUAAUCAGGUAUGUGUACAUUCCACUUGGUGGGUCCCAGCAUGGUCUGCUGGGGACGCUGUUUUCCACUGCAAUGACGUUCGCGUUUGUGAGCUACUGGCAUGGCAGUUACGACUACCUCUGGUGCUGGGCAGCACUCAACUGGCUGGGAGUAACUGUGGAGAAUGGAGUCCGGAGGCUCCUGGAGACCCCCUGCAUCCAGGACAGCUUGGUGAGCAGGAUUCUUGCUUGUUUGUAG